AUGGGACCCAUUCCUCGGCAAGUCACAGUGAUGAACCAGAUAUGGGAUCUCAAACCGGACACCUACCUCGACUGGCUCCACAAGCUCCACCGCAACCAGCCCAAGACCUUUUCACUCCAUUUCUUCACCGGCCGCUGGAUCUACUCCAGCGAGCCCGACAUGCUCAAGGCCAUCUACUCUACCAAAUUCAAGGACUCCGGCGUGGAGCUGAUCCGCCGCAACUCCAAAUUCACUGUGCCCUUCGCCGACAAAGGUGUCAACGCCAUCGACGGCGAAGACUGGAUGUUCAGCCGCGCACUCAUCAAACCCUUCUUCGUGCGCGACGUCUACCACGACACAGACCGCAUAAAGCCCUUCGCCGACAGCUUCCCAAACCUCUUCCCAGGCGACGGUGAGACCUUCGGCGUCCAGCCCUUUCUGCAGCGCUGGUUUCUCGACAUUAACAGCGGCUUCAUCUUCGGCAAUCCAUGA